UACAUUAGCUCCUAGUGCAUGUGGACAGACUAAUAUGGAAUUUCUCUUGGGCAAAACUGCGGUACUCCUCUGCUGUUUACAGAUUACAUUUGGCUGUCGUUCCGGAUGGAUGAACCACGGUACAAGCUGCUAUCACUUUAGUCACGACCAGGAAUCAUGGAUUGCAGCUGUGACGAUAUGCGAGCGGAUGGGCGGACGGCUGGUGGAAGUCAAUGACGUGAAUGAGUUUAACUUCCUGCAGAGCUAUGUCAACAUGUUCAAGCAUAAUUAUUGGGUUGGCGGGACGGACCUUGAGAACGAGGGCGAGUGGGUGUGGCUAGAGUCUGAUAAGCCCAUGACUGGAGGAUACAGUAACUGGGAGCCAGGAGAGCCCAACAGCUCCGGGGACGAGGACUGUACAGAUAUGAGGCCCGGCCACCACGGCUGGAAUGAUGAGAAGUGCUGGGUGAACCUCAACUAUGUCUGUGAGGCACAAGGGGAAGCAGUGAAUGUUAUCGGUUAAUAAGACUAGGAAAUACCGGUAAUGGCUUGCGCAAAAGACAGUGUAUAUACAUACUAAUAUAAUAAUUUCAAUGUACACUUGACAAUAAAAU